CACACCCCACGCACACAGCAAACAAAGCCGCCCUCAUUUCUCACUGCCACGUCCACCCUGUCCGUCGUCGCAUCUGCACCUCUCAUUUCGCCGACGUCCUGUCCUGUUGUCCUGAGAGAACACCCACAAGGAAGCGGAGAGACACAGAUCUGCGUGUUUUGGCAAGGCCGAGUUCGGCAUCAUGGCAGACUCCUUUUCGCUGAAGAUCGUGUCAAAGUUUGAGGUUGCCCCACACUCCAUCGGCAAUGGCAGGUUUGGCAUGGUCUUCCCGGCCGCUAUUGCCAACUCAGAGGCCAAGCGUCAUGGCGUGCGAGGCAUAAUCGCCAAGAAGGUUCACAUCAACAACCUGGAAGCGGAGCGCUCUGAAGAGGACCGGCGGCGCGUGGUGCUGCAGGAGAUCGACCUGCACCAGGGUUUGCGUCACCCCAACAUUGCAAAGCUCAUCGACUACCAACUGCUGUACAAGGAUCCACACACGCGCCAAGAGCACCCUGCUGGGCGACACGAGUUCAACGUGGCCUGGCUGUUUGUGGAGCGUCUUGGGUUCUCGCUCGUGGAGGCAAUGGACAGGAACAUCCCAGUCAACAUCGCCGAUGUAAUUGAUGACGUCACCGCCGCGCUCGCUUUCAUCCACAGCAAAGAUGUGCUCCACAGGGACGUGUCGCCUGGCAACAUCAUGGGUGUGUACGACGAUCAGCGCAAGCGCACGGUGUUCAAGAUGAUUGACUUUGGCGUCUCCCGCCACAAGUUGACACACGAGCACCCGAUCACCACCGUUGCCGGUACCCGCGGGCUGCAGGCGCGGGAAUACCUCCUCGUCGAGGCCUUGCCCCGCGAGCUGUCUCUGCUGCAUGAAGGCAACGACCGCGCCCUUGUAUCCACCAAGGUGGACAUGUAUUCGCUCGGCGCCACGCUGUAUUACUUCCUCGUGCGCCACGUGCCGCAGGACACCGCUGCCAGCACCGUUCACACCGAUCUCCGGCAGAGCCACUACCACCGCCACACCACCGACGGCAUUGGUGUUGGCGAUGGCGAUGAUGGGCGUGCUGGUGACAACAACACCAACAGCGACGGAAUGCUUGCGGUCAUAUUGCAGUCGCUGCUGCAGCCGCGACCAGAGAUGCGCCCGUCAGCAGUGGACACGCAGAUCUUGGCUGCUGCGUACCGCGUGCUCCGUGGCGAUCGCAGCGCUGUUCUCCGCCGGUUUGGCCUCGACCCGGACUACUCGUCUGUGAAAGGCAUCAGUCUCGCUGCACUCCGUCGUGAGGUGGCGGCGGCCGUCCGCAACGCCAAGUCCCAGUGGGGAAAGCGCGGCGUCUUUGAUGUCCACGACCUUGUUGCCGGUCUGAAGAAAGUGUUGUCGCUGGACGUUGUUCGUCCCGUGAGUGUGAUGGACUUCAGCACGUUGGACGAGAAGACGGUGCUCCUCUACCCAGAUGACACCUUCCCAGACUACACCGUGGGUCUGUUCCGCCAUCGGCUGCAGGAGCAGUGGAAUGAGGACGAUGACGUGUGCAUCGUCGUUGCUCUUCGUCACCGCGACGAGCUCGACGCGUGCCUGGACCCUGCUGCACUCGACAGCCUCUUCACGGGUGACACGUCUGCACCAAUUCCGCGCUGCUGCUUCGAGACCGGCACGUCGCUGCGCCUGUUUGUGCUGCGCAACCCCCGGUUUGACCUUCACAGCAGCUUCAUGUCUCGUCUCGAUGGGGACAGGCUCAUCACCACCGAAAUCAUUGGAAGCCCACAGGACGAAUACGUUCGCACACUCACAAAGAUCAAGGACAAGGAGGCCGCGUGGGCCGCCAUUCUCGACCGCAUCUCGUCUAUGUGUCGUCAGUGGUCGAAGGUCACGCGCGAACUGCACGAGCGGUUUGAGUUUACAGAGCAGAGAAUUGAGGUGCUCAUUCCAAACGCAAAGCGCACAUUCGAAUCCCUGGCCGAGCUUGACAGCAACCCGGUUCCAUGCGAGCUGUAUGACUUUUGCCGUCGACAGCUCAAACAAUGGCGCAAUGGCGGCGAGAUGAAGCCUCACCACUACCGCCUUCUCAUACAGGGGUGGGAGCGCGAGGCUCAGGGCUUCAACACAAACCUCAGGCGUGAACUGCUGUUCUCGGCCAUUGUGAAGCUGCGUGAGGGGCAACGCUUGAUCGAGAACGAUGCCAUUGUCAACAGGAAUGACAGCGAUGUGAUCGCUGAUGAGCUUCGCACCGCAAUGCUGCAGACCUCCAGCCGUCCCGUCACCACGCAGAUGCAGCUGCCCACGACCGAUUACUCCAUCAUCGACCACUGCGACGUGCCCCUGCACCCCAACCAGGAGGCGUCAUCCACAGAUGCCGUGGUGGCCAGCAUCCGUGACAUGGACCCUGCAUGGCAGUUUGACUCUUCCUCGCCGCGCGCCAAGAGCCAGCACACGCACGCGGACACCACGGAGGCCACUACUACCGCUAUUGUUGAAGACGGCGACACUGCCGACAUGGAUGGUGAUGGUCAUGGUGAUGGUGAGCUUGUGGCGGAUGCUGCUGCCAUUGAUGAUGACGACGAGCAAGGCGAUGCUGCUGCUGCUGCUGAUGAUGAUGAUGUGCGGGCGACUGAGGUGAUGGUUCGCGACAUGGAAUCUGCGGCAUCUGCAGACACGGGCAGUGACGAAGACGAGGAUUUGCACACCGCCACCACUGUUGACGAGGAGCAAGAGCAAAAGGAGCACGCAGGGGAGGACGAGCAAGGCAAAGAAGGUGAAUACGAUGAUGACGAUGAUGACGAUGAUGGUGGUGAGGAGGAGGGACAGGCAGACAAGACACCGACAGCAUCGACAUCAGCGCCGCCAGAUGACGACGACUUUGUGAUUGUGUCCAGCGAGAACAAAGGAGAAGGUGAAGCGAGGGAAGAAGAGGGGAACGAAGAAGAGGAGGAAGAGAAGAAAGAGGGUCACGGUGGCGACGGCGACAGCCGCUUGGAUGUGGUGACGCGUUGGCAGAAUGCAACGCGCCUGAACAACGUGCUGCUGUUCCAGAAGCAGCAGCUGCAGGCCGAGCAGGAAGGGCUGAAGCAGAGCAUGGUGCGGGUGCGGCUCGAAGCAAAGGAGAAGGAGAGGCAGGCUGCUCGCACGCAGCAGCGGCUGGCAGCGGCAGAGCAGGCGACGAAAGACGCGCAGAAGCAGCUUGAGGAGAUGAAGGCUCAGGUGGAGGCGCUCACGUGCAUGACCGCAACUGGCGGGGAUGGCACGACCGGCACCUCGCCAUCUAUGGCAGACGUGCACCGCCAGCUGCUUGAGCUUGUGAGGGCGAAGCGAGCCAUGGAGGCCGAGAGCAAGACGCAGCGCGAGCAGUAUGAGAAGGAGGUGAUUGCGCUGAGGAAGCAGCUGGCAGGGCUCAAGCUGAUGCAGGCCACCACCAUUCACACGCUAAAUGGCGCCGCCAACGGGACCAGUGCUUCUGCUGCUGGCAAUGACGACGAUGACGAGAAGACCGUGUCCGUGCCGCUCUAAUCAAAGCGUGUGUGAGUUGUGAGAGUGUGUGCGUGUGUGUGUGUGUUUGUAUGCCGGUUUUGUUGCUGUUGCUGUUGUUGUGGUUGACGUUACAACAUUGCGUUUUUGUUACGUCCCGUUGGUUGCACAUUCAUGCGCAUGCUUCUUUUGAAGCGCGUGAUCUGGCAUUUGUUUUGUUCAAGUUGCGUUCUUUCGUUCUUCCUGCUGUUCCUUGCUUACCGCAUUAAUUUCAGUGCGUGGACCUUUGAGCCGUACUGCCCACAUCUUGUCGGCGUUGUGCGUUAUGUCUCGUUUCACAAGCAAAUACACGCCAAAAGCCAU